AAAAUAAUAAUAUACCCAAACAAUGGAAAACAGCGAUACACUGCCUUUAUUAUCAUAUGUUUCAGAUGACUAUGAUUUUGAUGUAAGCAAUCGCCAACAGCUGGUCCUAUCAUCGGACAGUCCCRCAUACGGUAGUCUAAAUGAUUUUGACAUAACUGGUCCGGUAUCCAUAUCGUGGCAUAAUAUCAAUGUAUUCAACAAGACAUCCAAUGGUAAACAAUUGCCACUUUUGCACCGAUUUAAGAAACCAAGUGUUCAUAUACUUAAAAAUGUUUCUGGUGAAGCUAAAAGUGGACAAUUAAUGGCUAUUAUGGGAUCAAGUGGCGCCGGUAAGACCACUCUGAUGAACGCAUUGGCUCAGCGAAACGUAUCGGACGUAAGCCUAGAAGGCACCGUCCGAUUGAACGGACAGGCAAUCGACAAGCACGGCAUACGUGCCGUAUCGGCUUACGUACAACAGGACGACCUUUUCAUUAGUACACUGACAGUCAAAGAGCACCUGUGGUUUCAGUCUAAACUACGGAUGGAUCCAUCAUUAAACAGAAGGGAACGUAAAGCCAGAGUCGACAAAAUAUUAUUAGAUUUAGGUCUAAAUAAAUGCGCCAACACUAAGAUUGGUAGUCCGGAGCGCGAAAAGGGUAUAUCCGGCGGAGAAAGAAAGCGCCUGUCGUUUGCAUCGGAGUUAUUAACUGAUCCGUCAAUCAUGUUUUGUGACGAACCGACCUCCGGAUUGGACUCGUAUAUGGCCCUCAAUGUUGUCGAAGUGCUCCGGGAUAUGGCAGCCAAUGGCAAGACAAUCAUCUGUACGAUACAUCAGCCGUCGUCUGAGGUGUUCUUCUUAUUCAAUCAUUUGUUACUUAUGGCCGAUGGAAAGGUAGCCUACUUAGGAAAAGCGGGAGAGGCAAUGGAGUUUUUCUCAAGUUUGGGAUACAGCUGUCCUAAUAACUACAAUCCCAGCGAUUUUUAUAUCAAACAAUUAGCUGUAGUUCCCGGCAGUGAAGACGAAUCUAAGGAACAUAUAAAUUUUAUAUGCGAUCGUUAUCGUGACAGUUGGUACGCCAAUCAGUAUAUGCCGGGAACCGGUAGAGCCGAUAGUGCUAUGUAUACUGACAGCAGCUCAUCCCAGGGCACAAAUCCAUUCAGUAGUACCGUUAUUAAUAAUAAUAAUAGUUUUAAAAGCAAUGGUCGCGUCUAUCGGAGCGGUUGGUGCACACAGUUUUGGGUACUACUAUACCGAUCGAUACUUACAACAUAUCGCGAUCCCAUCAUAUUUAAGCUGAUUUUAGUCACAUUAUUUAUAGUUAUAGUGAUGGGACUCAUCUAUUUGCAUCUGGAGCUCAACCAAAAGGGUAUCCGCAAUAUUAACGGCGCCCUAUGGAUGCUAUUGAUGUAUUUAAAUCUACAAAGUUUGUUUGGUACAGUAAAUACAUUUUGUAAGGAGGUGCCCAUAUUUCAUAGGGAACACAGUAAUAAUGUAUAUCGGGUUAGUCCAUAUUUUCUAACCAAAAUGUUGGCAGAGUUGCCUAUUUAUGUGAUAAUACCAUUGAUGUUUGUGUCGAUCUUUUACUUUAUGGUCGGCCUAAACAACAAUCUCUAUCGUUUUGUGACGUGUGUCUGCAUAUGCCUAUUGGCAGCCAAUAUUGCCUGCGGUUUCGGAUAUCUAAUGGCACUGAUAACGCACAACAUAACUGCAGCAUUGAUGCUAUCGGCACCAUUACUUAUACCAUUAAUGAUUUUUGGUGGUCUAUUCAACAAUAUUGAUUCAAUUCCAUUUUAUCUAAUUUGGAUAAAAUAUAUUUCAUGGUUUUAUUAUGGCAACGAAGCACUGGUUAUAAACCAAUGGGAUGGCGUCGACAAUAUUGAUUACAGUGACCAGUUGUGCGAGUGUUCGCGACUCAUGUCGGGAGACCAAGUGAUCCAAUCGAUGGACUUCAGUGUUGACCACUUUUGGCGAAACAUCAGUGUAAUGAUUGUACUGACCGUUUGUCUCCGAUUUAUGGCUUAUACUCUUCUGUUGCACAGCUCGUCCGGUGAAGGAUUGACCGCCAAAUUGAAAGCAAUGUUUAGGCGAUAA